GAGCCCCCUAUCAUAACACAAACAGCUGGCCCACAUUCUCACUGCUCAGGUGAGAUUUUGGAUUCGCCUCUGUCUGUCUGCCUGCUUACAUGCGGAUCGCUUGAAGAAAAAAAGAGAAACCGCCGCAGUAAAGCGUGCGUAUUGGUGCUGAUCACCAUUCUGCAGUGAACGUCCUCGUUAUGAAAAAUUGUUCGGGAAGGCCGUGGCAUCGUCAUCAUUUCCAUUUCAACGGCCACCUCGCACUGAUUUUACUGGAGUGACAGUGAGGCAUAUAAUAUAGCUCGCCUCUUCCUGUGACCGAAACUCUCGUCUCGCUCUAUCAUAAAUCUGCCACGAUGAACGGUGACUGGUUUCGGACGAAAGGGGUGGUCGCUGCGGCCGUCGGGGCUGGAAUUCUGAUCGGCGCCGCUGGAAUUUUGAUUUUCCAGCAGAUGAUGGCGGAGAAAAAGCGACUCGAUCGAGUGGCAUCAAGUGUGUCCCUUCUAAGGAGGGAGCUUGACACUCUCAAAAGUGAGUCCAAGGUUUUAGGUGGCUCAUCCAGGAGCAGAGCAAGAAGCGAGGCUCGCAGCUUGUCCGACGUGGACAUGUACUCGACUGUAAGCAAACUCGAUGAGGAAGACGAAGAAAGCGAAUUCUUUGAUAUAUCUGAUGAUGAAAUGAUCAUUCAGAUCGCUGGUGACAAUGACUCAGCCAUGGAGAGUGAGCCAAUUGAGGAGCUUUUGCACCAGGUAGACACAUUGUUUGUCGGAACUUCAGAAGACAAAUCAUUAGCUUAUCAAAUUCUUCAUGAAAGGAGAAACAAGGAAAAGCGCCCUACUGUUGAUCUCUUGUGGAGAAUUGCAAAGGCUUGUCACUUCAUGGGCAGCAUCCAACCAGAUAAAAAGAAGGAUUACGUGUUUGAAGGGCUUGACUACGCGAAGCAAGCACUGGCGAUAGAUGACAAAAAUGCCGACUGCCACAAAUGGUAUGCCAUCACUUUAGGCAGCUCAGGAGACUUCUUGCCAAUUAAAGAAAAAAUUGGCAACGGCUUUGUUUUCAAGACCCACGUUGACAAAGCAAUUUCCCUUAGACCUACUGAUUUUUCUCUCUUUCACUUACUUGGCAGAUUUGAAUUUGAGGUUGCAAGCCUUUCCUGGUUGGAAAGAAGCGUAGCUUCUAGUUUGUUUCAAGCCCCUCCGAGUGGCUCCUUCGACAGUGCGUUGCAGAACUUCUUAAAGGCUGAUGAGCUGCGUGACAAGUCAGACCCGUGGAAGGAGAAUAAACUUUUCGUCGCCAAGUGCCACAUCCAGCUAAACAAUUUGGCCGAAGCUGUCAGGUGGUUGGACAUUGCCUCAGCCGUGCCAAGUUCUAGUGCAGAAGAUGAAGAAUGCGAAAAACAAAUUAAAGUUCUUCUUUCCAAGUAUGAAGGCUUCAGAAGAUCGUGAAAGGUAAAAGCAGGUGCAUUGUAAAAAAACGGGAUUUUAAAUUCAAAUUAUAUAUAUUGACAUUUAAAUGCAUUUAACUGCAGAGUAGGUAGUGUGCUUGUAAAAAUAAAAAUGCGACUUAAGUAUUCUUGCAGACCAAAUUCACAUUAAAUUAUUCUACAUAGCAGUUUAUUCAAUUUAAAAAUACUCAAGUUGAUAUUCUUCAUAAUAUGACUUAAAAAUCAUUUUACAUGAUCAGGGAUGUGCAAAUCUACCUUUUGGGUUAUCAAAUAAACUCAAAUCGUGGGUUUUUAAGCAUAUUACCUUCUAUCGAAUUAUGAAAAUUGCUCUCUCUGGAAAACUAGUAAAUCGAUGAGGAUUUUCAGCUAGAAAUCUUAGAAAAUCGUUACAUUUUACGAUUUCCCCCCGCUUUGCGACAGGUGCCACGAUGGCUUCUUUUUUUAAUUAAAUGCAAUAAAUUAUUUUUGCACAUCCCUAUAAUUCAUGAGAUUUAUUAUAAUCAAACAGGAGUUUGAUUCAAAUGCAAUAGCUCAUUCCAAGACGUUUUUUGGUCAGUUUUAACUCUGAAUUGCAGUAUUUUGAAAAUAUCUGCCAGGGGUUUUUACAUUUCACUAAUGCAGGUUUUCAAGUUCCUCCUUUGAACACUGGCUUGGUUGCAAUUAUGCUCAAUAAUUUUGAAAGCUGUGUUCUGUUACUGGUGACUGUCUGUUGUUCGUUAUUGGUUCAUUUUAUUCAGUGCUGCUGUUUUAGAUGUAUUUGCAUUUUAAUUAAAAUAAUUUAUUUUUACAAGA